GUAGAGAGGGUGCGGCGGUUUGCACACGAGCGUGGUCUCGAUGUCCCGCGGUCUGGUGCGAUGGGUGGCGAGGCAGAGCGUCCUGCACAGGGCGUGGGCGAGGGAGAGGAUACCGAGCGUUAUGCGGAGGGAGGUGUUGCGAGAUAUGGGGAGGGUGCGGGUGCCGCGGAGGAGGACGAGGCAGACGUUGACCUAGAGGUUGGCGUGGCUGAGGGAGAGCGGGCACCGAGGGGAGACGGGGGCGUGCCGAAGUCCGAUCCGAUGGCUCGUCACAGGGCGGUGGACUGGGAGCGGAAGUGCGAGAAGAAGCCCGUCCCGCCCAAGAUGACAUGCAUGCCGAGUUCUUCGAAGAGUGUUGUUCCUGAUAGAGCAUGCACGCCAGGUUCUUCGAAGUGGAAGGAGGCGGGUGCACAUGUUUCUGCAACCAAUGCAGGGAAGAGGCUGCGGCAACAGAAAAUGACGGACACGUAUGGUGGCGAGUGGAUCGCAUCCGCUCCGACCGCUCCUGUUCGGCAUGACGAGUGCUCACCUGCACCGGUUGGGAGGGAGGACUUGGGAUCCUCGUUGCGCAUCCACGGGCAUGGAUCAUUGUUUAGCGUAGGCCGUCAGCUCGUUUUGGAUCCGCGUGCAUCGAGCGACUUGCGGGAGAUGGGUGUUCAUAGCGGGGUACCACCGGUGGAGGAGAGGGAGAGACGAGUGGAGGAGCACGGAGCCGCCGAAGUGGGCGGAGUUGAGGGUAUUCGGGGUAUGGAGGAGGAGGUAGAUGGAGCAGUGGGGGGUGUGGUGGAGGUAGAUGAUGGUACGCACACCGAGAGAGAGGAGGCCAUGGCGAGGGUUGAUGAUGGUGAGCAGGUUGAGGGGGCGGAGGGCGUGCUGCCAUCGGAGGUUGAGAGGGAGCGCGACUUGGCGAGGAUGAGAGUUGAGAGAGAGGAGGGCGUGGCAGGGGUAGAUGAUGGUGAUGCCCAGGUUGAGAUGGAGGAGGAUGUGGUGAGGGCAGAUGCUGCUGCGUUCGUUGGGGGAGAGGAGGGUGUGGUAGGGGGGGACGUCCCCCAUGGUAGAGGAGAGGGAGGAGACGACCUUGACCCGAUCGUCCAGCGUUUCGUUGAUGACGAGAUAGGUCCCGCACUAGCGGGUUUGACCCCGGGCACGAGGAGGGCGCUGGGUGCGUCGCCAUCAGGACAGAGGGGGGCAUCAGGGUUGGGGAUGGGGGAUUUCAUGGACAUGUAUGUGGGGGAUCCUCCCAGCCCUAGUCACGGAGACAGAGAGGAUGUGGCGCGUGCCCUAGCGGCCGCUGGGCACUCCACAGAGGAGAUCGAGCAGGCAUUUGCAGGACACUCCGGGAGAGAGACAGACACGCUUCAGCAGGGGUGCGAGGAGGUAGUAGAGCAGCCACAGGCGGAGCGUGAGGAUGCACCCGCUGCAGAUAUCCCCGGAGGUAGCAGUUCAUUGGUACCAUUCACGGGCAUGUGGAUGACGGCGACGAUGCGGCCAGUUCGACCGUGUGUGCAGGGGUCAGAUCCUGGGGAGGUGGCAUUUGUUCAGGUACCACCGCUCAUAGUCGUGGAUUUAGGAUCUGAGCCAACGCUUCAUACACCGGUUACUGGGCGGCGAGCUCCUCAGGAUACAACUCGCCCAUUGGAUUUCGCGGAGCUCGCACGGGGUGUUGUGCGUGAUGUGACACGGCAGGAGGACACCGACCCUAGCAGACCACUUAUGUCGCCUCCUCCUCCCAGAUUACGUCACAGUGAUUCCCCCUCGACACCAGUCGGUCGCACCCCCCGUUCACCAUCCACGCCGACCAGACCCAGGGUUUGUGACACGACGGUCGUAGGGAGCCUCCCUCUUGACACGUCGCUAUUCGGGAGGACGGAUAUCGACCUGGAGUCCGCCGCUUUGGCAGCAGCAGCACGUGCUGUGCGUGACCAGACUUUGCACAGGAGCGGAGUAGCUCGUCCGCGUCCCAUGCCUGCCACGGGGGGUGCCGCAUUGGAGGAGUCUUCUGGAGCCGAGGGGUUGGGGAUGCCGCGCGGUUCUUGUCGUGAGAAGACAGACGUAGAGGUGACUCAUGUGAGUGCUAGGCUUGUUCGGGUGAGGACGGGGGCUGACCCUGUGACCGUGGUGGAGGACGAUCCCGAGACGGAGCCUGCAUGUGAGGAGGUCGCACAGGAGGGUGACGAGUACAGGGACGACGAGGAGCGUGAGGAGGAGGAGAGCGACAGCGGGGAUGAUGGCAGCUACCACGACGACGACGACGAGCCCUCCCCUCCACCGCAGCAUGGUUCUCGUAGACGACGUGGCUCUCGUAGACGACACGAUGACGUCGACGACCCGUCCCCUCCAGGGCGGCGGGAGACGAGGAGUCGAAGGAGGCGAGGGUCAUCCGUUGCGACAGCGCCGGGGCAAGGGAGUGUUUCAUCGACACGCAGCACGAGUGGGGCGAGGCAGAGAGGCAGUGGUAAGGGGAAGGGAAGUCGACGGUAUUGACAGCUUCGUUCCCCUUCCAUGACGCCUUUAUGUUGUUAGUGCUCAGUGUUCUGACGU